AUGAAGAAAAUAUAUUUAUUUCUGAUUCUCUUAAUAAAUUUAAAAUUGAAAAUUUGUCUUAGAAAGAAUAUAACAAAAAAGUAUUUAAAAAAUAAUAUAAGGAGUUUAAGCAAUGAGAAAAAAGGAAAUAUUUUAAUAAAUAAUCUAAAACAUUCAAAUAGAGAAAAAAAGGAUGCUUUAAAAAAUAAUAUAAAUCAUCUAAAUAAUGAAAAAAAAAAAGAAAAUAGCAAUUAUUCUUUUCUUUCUUUAAAGAUUAUUCCAUUUUUUUUAACAUCAUUACUUCACACAGGAGUUAAUCAAAUACCGAGGGAACAUGAUAUACACUUUUAUGCAUUUGAAAAAAGUCCUAUUAUAAGACAUAUGCUAAUGGAAGAAGAAAGAAAAAAUUCAUAUUAUUAUAUCUUUUUUAUAGUUAUAUCAUUCUUAGUAGUCAUAAUUAUAGCUUUUUUUAUUUUUAAAUAUUUUUUUAAUUUUUAA